UUUUUAUUCUUCUCUUUCAUGAACACCGGCUCUUUGUUUUCUCCCCGUAUUCGUAAACAAAACCAACCGGCAAAAAUAUACAAAAACACAGAAAAUAUUUAAUAAUUUUUCAAAUAUUUUCGGUAUUUGAUAAAAAAUGUCUUCUUUAAAAUGUCCAGAUGAAGUUAUUCAUUUUCCCAAUCAUAUGAGCAUUGAAAUUUCAUAUGCCAAUGCAUUAUCGUAUUCCAAGUGCAAAAGCUAUGAUGCAAAACUUAUGAGCCAAGGCUUUGUUUGGCAUCAAAUCGUUGUCCAGCACAAUUCCAGAUCGUUGAGCAUGGAGGAUAAAAAUGAACUGUUAAAAGCCUUAUAUGAAGCAGUUGAGGGUGAAGAAUUUUACCCAGUGGUUUACAGACGUUGCCAAUAUGAAGAUCGUUUCCUGGUGCGUCAAUGUCAACCGGCAUUGGAUAAGCUUUUCGAAAAAAACCUACGACUUUUAAUGCCAAAUGGAGACACGGUGCAACUACAAGUACAGCUCAAUGUUGCCGAAUUUAAAUAUGGACAAAUAUCACCCAUCAAUCAAAUCACAAAGACUUUAAACAAACUGUACGAUCACAUGGAUAGUUUGGAUGGGGAAAAGGGAAUAUUGGAUUUAACUCGUUUCGGACAGAAUAGUGAACUAUUCGAUGUCAUUGUGAAUUUGGGCAAUAGAAGUGUGCUGGAACGCAUUUUCGAUUUGAUAUAUCGCAACGAUGAACGUUUUCGUAAUGUGACGGGUAUAAUAUUACGUGACAAUGGCAUUACAACAAUGUCUCCGGUUAAAUUAUUUGCUGGUAUUGAAUUUAGCGUUUUGGACUUAAGAGAUAAUCUGAUUGAGUCAUAUAUUCGUCUAAAUCGUGAUUUGGAAAAGAUAAAAGCCAAUGAAAUAAAGUUAAUGGGAAAUCCAUUGACCCAAUCGCCAAAUUACCCAGAAUGUUUAAGGCCAAUUUUGAAGAAUUUUAAAAUUCUUGAUGGUAUUCCCACGGAAAAUCUCUCAAAAGAUUACAGACCCAUCAAUACAAAUGUGGAUGGCCAGGCAGAAGGUUAUCGCAUUGAUUGGUCCAACAAAUCGGAUGUAAACCAAUUUGAAAAUAGUUCUGAUUGGCAUGCAAUAAUGAUACCCGAUCCCGAACAAACCUACACCAAAGAAGAAAUAUUGGAUUAUUUCUUUUUAACCAUCUCAACUGAGUUAAGUGAUAUAUAUCCAUGCUAUUAUAAGUACACAGCAGGCGAGCAUCAGUUUCUGGUACGUCAGUGCUUCGAUCAAAUCAAAUAUUUGGUAGAAAACUGUAAUCUUGAAAUAAAAAUACCACGUUUUGUGGCGCCACCACCUCCAACCGAAUCCACUACAGAUUACUCGCCGCAAUUGGUUAUGGACACAACGAUUGUCUAUUAUGUACGCAUGAAUAUAAGUCCAUUCCGUAAGGGGCAAAUCGAACCAAUGGAGUGCAUCGAAAAGGCUCUUAAUCGUUGUUUUAGUGCCAUGGAUAAAAUGUUAAAUUUGAAUAAUUUUCAAAACACAGAAGGUUUGGAAAAUAUCGUGAUAAAUUUAAGCUCCACAAAGAUUUUAUCGCGCGUAUUGAUGCAAGCAUCGCGGAAAUUCCUAUCCGCAUGCCAUGAAAUACGUUUGGCCCACAACAAAAUCGUCAACAUGAAUUUUCCUAAAAUUCUUGCACUGAUGGGUAAUUUAAAGGCCCUGGAUUUGGGCAAUAAUUGGAUACAUUCUUUGGAUGAUGUCAAGGGACUUGCUGUAUUGGGAAUAACGUCAUUGCGUUUGGAUGGAAAUCCCUUGUGUAACGAAUAUUCUUUCGCUGGUGAAUAUAUAAAGGCUGUUAAGAAACAUUUUACUGAUCUGACAAAGUUGGAUGGCAUUGGCAUAACUGGCAAAGACAAUUUAACAUCUCCGAAAAAUUUCUUAUGUGAUGUGGCUGGCUAUGAUUUUGUUGAAGAAUUCGUAACACGUUACUUUAGCACAUUUGAAAGUGACAGAGCUGGACUCCAAGAUUUAUAUCAUAGAAAGGCAAUAUUAUCAUUAUCGUGUAAUUUUAAUUUACCAAAAGCUACUCCCCAAACUGUGAAACGGAUUUCCCAGUAUACUCAAUUUUCUCGAAAUCUCUCAGUCCGUGUCGAGACGGAUCAAAUAUGUUCCUCGACUUAUGUGGGCCCCAAAGAAAUAAUCCGAGUAUUUAUGAAUCUACCUCUCGUUACCUACGAUAUGCUGAGUUUUUGUACGGACUGUACGGUGUUUGAGGAAAAAAGGGUUGUAAUAACAAUCAGCGGGGUAUUUUUGGAUCAGGCCCCUAGCAUUGUGGAAACAGAUAUUUUAAUGGCGUUUUCAAGGACAUUUGUUUUAAAGCCGACAAAACGCAAAACAGGAUCUCUUAAAUGUGCCACCUUAUACAAGAUUAUCAAUGAUAUAUAUAGUAUAACAAAUCCAACACCAAAUCAAACGAAAAUCGCGUUUAAAUAUUUUAAAAAUAUUCAAUCGGCAAAAAAAGAUGAGAUAACCGUUGCCGAUAAAGAAGCCCUUUUGGUAAUGUUUCAAGAGGCCACUGCUCUUAAGUCCAUAUGGUGUACAAGAUGUUUGGAAGAAGCUAAUUGGAACUUUACCCAAGCCUUGGAGGUAUUUGUUAAAUUAUGUGAAAAGAAAGAAGUACCAGAUGCUGCAUUUAAGUAAAUUUACGGUUACAAAACCAAAAUAAUGCCGAUAGAGUUGUUAAAAACAAUAAAAUUUGUUAUAAAACGCCGAAGUAAUUUUCAGAUAUUUUCUACAUUUUACAAUAAAAUAACAUCUUUCUAAAACAAGGAGAAA